AUGGCGUGUCCUUUCAUUGAUGAGGUGGUGGAUGAGGGAGCGAUAAUCAUACGCAGGGCAUUUCAAAGAGAGCGUACUUUCAGGGACAGGGCAGACCCGUUGGCUUUUUCUGACUACUACCUGCAUGAGCGGUAUAGAUUCUCGAGGGAAGGGAUAGCAUAUAUUUGCAGAUUACUGAGCCCACACAUCGCAAAUAGCACAGGGCGCAAUAAAGCGCUCACAGUCCCGCAGACUGUGUGCAUUGCACAUCGCUUUUUUGCCAGCGGAACAUUUUUGUACACAGUUGGAGAUGCAGGGAACAUCAGCAAAGCAUCGGUUUGCCGCUCUGUACGAAUUGUGUACCGGUCUUUAAAAAAAUUACUCAAUGUGUUCAUCACCUUCCCUGGCCACAGAGCGAUUCACAUACCUAAACAAGCCUUUUAUGGAAUCGCUGCUUUCCCAAAUGUUAUCGGAGCUCUGGACUUCACCCACGUGCGCAUAAAGCGCCCGUCUGGUCCGCAUGAAGCAGACUUCGUUAAUAGGAAAUCAUUACACAGCAUCAAUGUACAGAUGAUUGGUGAUGCAGACUGCAUCAUCACAAAUGUAGAGGCAAAAUGGCCUGGCUCAGUGCAUGAUUCCAGAAUCUUUCGGGCCUCUUCUCUUUCCCACCAACUGGCACAAGGGCGUAAACGCAAAGGCAAAAAAACUCAAAUCAUGGAAGCCAUGGAGAGAGGGAUAAACAUGUUAAUUCAACAUGACAAAGAUACAACAGCAGCAGAAGUUGAACAGCGUCUUGACAAGGAGCACAUGGCCUGGGAGAGACAGUUCCAGCAGACCAGACUGGAUCUGGAAAGAGCACGUCUUGAAUUUGAGAUGAAGCGUCAGGAAGCUGAAGACAGGUGUGCUCGAGAUAUCCAAUAA